ACACUGUGGAGGAGAAAAUAUUCAGUGAGAUGUUUUUGUUUUUUGUUUUGUUUUUGUUUUUUUUAAUCAAAGUCUUUUUGUCAGAACAAUUGGAGGAGGAGUCAGUUCUCGGGGUCAGCAUUUGGUUGAAAUUGAGUGAAAUUAUGAGUAGCCCACCCUUCACCUAACAAGACCCCCCUCCUGCUUCCUCCGUCUCAUCCCCACUCCAUUGAUGGGCUCGCCUGCAUCAUACUGGAGACCCCGUUGAGAGGAUCUUUUCUCUCUAUAAAGAGAAGAUACGGCUCGCGCGUCUUUGAGUUGUUCGCACUGGAUUUUUGCAGCGCGCGCGCGUAACUUCAGCUGGCUCAACUGACCGCGAACAAAAAAUACUUCUUUUUUUUUUUUUUUACCCGGAACAUUUGAAUGAAACAGGAUUUCCCAGAGUCGGAGUGUUUAAAAAAAAAAAAAAAAAAGAAAGAAAUAAUAAUAAUAAAAAAAAAAUAAAAAUCUUGAUGCGCGCAUUCUGCCGCAUCUCCAGCGGUAGUUCCAUAUUCCGUGCGUUCUCGGAGCAGUUUGUGCUGCGGGUGGGGAACAGGAGCCCGAGGACAGAUGGCUGCGCUCACGAUACAGAGAACUGACAACUUUUUACACACCUUCCUGCAGGACCGGACGCCCAGCUCCUCUCCGGAGGGAGCGCCCAACGCCCUCUCCUUCCUGGCCACCACCUGCAGCCAGGCCUGGCAGGUGGGCAGCACCAUGGGCUCGGAUGGGUCACAGUUUCCCUACGAAGGCACGGUCAGUUCCACAUCUGGAAUGUUUCAGCUAUGGAGCAACGACAUAGCCCCCAGCACUGCCCUCAGCACGCACCAGAUGACUUUCACGGUGCCCAAGGUGCAGUUUCCUGGGCACAUGCAGUCCGGCCUGGGUCACCACCAUCAUCACCACCACCACCAUCCUCAUCAUCACCACCACGAGCUGCCUCUGACCCCACCGGCUGAACCUGCGUCCUCCUACUCCUUCGAACUGUCCCCUGUUAAGGUGCUGUCUUCGCAGCCGCAGUCCAGCAGCCCUUAUUACACCCAACACAACAGCGUGGGGCAAAACUUCCCCAGCUUUCUGCAGAAUUCCUCCGCCAGGCAUCACCUCUCGGGCGGCCACGUGGAGGACGGGCAGCAGUGGUGGAGCCUCCCACAAACCAACAGCGCUCCAGCCAACCAUCCCUUCUCCCUGGGCAGGCAGCUGGUUUUGGGUCACCAGCCGCAGAUAGCCGCUCUCCUCCAGGGCACCUCCAAGGGUUUGCUGAGCUCCACGCGGCGUUGCCGGCGAUGCAAGUGUCCGAACUGCCAGACGAACAGCGGGGGGCUGGAGUUCGGCAAGAAGAGACUGCACAUCUGCCACAUCCCGGAGUGCGGCAAAGUGUACAAGAAGACUUCCCACCUGAAGGCGCACCUGCGCUGGCACGCCGGGGAAAGGCCCUUCAUCUGCAACUGGCUCUUCUGCGGCAAGAGCUUCACGCGCUCGGACGAGCUGCAGCGGCACCUCCGCACGCACACCGGGGAGAAGAGGUUCGGGUGCCAGCAGUGCGGCAAGAGGUUCAUGAGGAGCGACCACCUGUCCAAACACGUGAAAACCCACCAGAGCAGGAAGGGUCGGUCCGGGCAGCCCCCUCAGGGCACAGACCCAAUGCUCGCUAGUAUUAAAAGAGAGUGAUCCGCUUUAUGCAGAUUAAAAUAAAGCAAGAAAAAAAUAUAUGUGGGAAUCACAUUUACUGCCAUAGAUUUGCACUACAGGGUAAGCGCUCCCUGAAUGUUAUUCUUCCUUGUCAGAAUCCUGCUUUUGAACUAACCUGGACUUUGGUUGAGUGAAAUUCUGACUGUUUUUGACCCUAAGAUGAAGCUUUUGCAGUGAUAUUGUGAUAGUUCAGCUUGAAGGAUUAAAGAGCCUUUGAUAUUCAUUAUGUAAAUCUUAUUUAAAUUUCAACUGGUGUGAAAGUCUAUUUUUUCAGACUUUAUUGUGUUAAUAUUUGACUAUGUUAAACAGCUGAUGAUAGGGUUCUACCUUAAUAUGUGCUCUAAAGAAUUUAGUUGAAUAUAAAUGUAUGCCUUAGCUGGAAAACUGCAAUUAUCUCUGAAAUUGUUGGGGGGGAAAUUGCAAAUCUUAACUCGGUUUUCAUUCCGGAUUUGCCCAACUGAAGCCCAGAAAUUGUUUGGAAAUUUGAACUCUUUGAUUUGUCUGUUUUUAAGAGGCAACGUGAUAAAAUACGCUGCAAAUCGAUCCUUUUAAACUUUAAAUUGUUUGUAAGUUAUGUAAAACUAUUCUGAACGAUUUUAUUUGGGUUUUGGCAGCAUGUAAAUUUGAAUAAACACUGUCAUGGAAAAAAAAAGAAAAAUAGUUUCUUAUUGCAUCAUUCCUGAGUUUUGUAGAGUUUAACUUUCUCACCAGUUUUGUCCAUUCGGAAAGAUCUAGCAUUUUGUUUCGAUGGUAAUUUGAUUGCUUUUAGGAUACAAAUGCUGUCCAUUGUGAUGCCAGUGUGAAGGAAGAAGCUCCUAAAAAACACCCAACAUGCUGGGGCUGUUCAAAGAUUUUCACACCUCAAAGUAAAUACUCAUGCCAUUGAUGGGGGGCCGAUUGCGCCGCCCACUGCAAUCAAGUUCACAGUCAUGUGGCUUUUUAAUGAGUGUUUUCUUCUCUCUUUUUUUUUUCCAAUAAAGAGGAUUGAGUCAACAGCUGCAUCACAGGGGCAGUGAAGAGGAAUUCCCUGUGAAUGGGACCCCUGUUGCCCGAGACCCCUCUGUGGUGACAGGAACUCCCUUUGAUUUUGCACCCUUGUGAAAGUUAAUACUCCCCUCCCUCCCUCCUCCUUCCCACCCAAGACCUCCAUAUAUCAUGGCCGUGUUACGAUGGGCUCUGCUUUUACAGCCUAGAAUGAGGCUUUAUUCAGAUGGCCAGCCAACCAGAUGUCUGAUCAUCCAGGGGUUUCUUCUCUUUGUUUCAACUUCCUCUGGUGGGAAGCGAAAAUAAGUGAAAUAUGUUGUCUUUGUUAGGGGUCCCACAGUGGAGGCCAAGUGAUUCCAAAGCGACAUUUGUACUUUAUUGCUGCCAUCGGCUUAUUUUCAUGCAAUCAGAGUGAGAAUCGCCUGUGCAGAAACCCCCAGGGCCAAAUAAAAUAACCUGAAAUUUAUUCUAGAAAAAAAGCCCUGGCAUGUAUGAUUCUGUGAGUGAGUGGAAAACACGUCUUUUUCUUUAUUGCAACAGCAGAGUCCACAGUGUGACUGAGAGCAGUGCGGCCAGACUAGUACUGCACUGAUAUCAAAAGUCAAGUACAGUACUGUCAAUCCAAACUUUAUGGAAAUUAGCUCUAUUUCUAUUAAUUAUAGCACUAAUUUUCAGCAAUGACAGCAUAACUGAUGAUAAUGUCACGGUGAUGACAUUUUAAAAGUUAUUUAGAGUCAUUCCAGUCACUGGAACAGAAAUUUAGCCGAUGUAGACAUUCAGAGUUCUUGCAACAUUUAGACUUACAGGCUGCAGAACUUGUUGCUAAUGCAAAUCUGACCAUCUGACUUUAUUUACGGUAAUACUAUGAACAGAUGAGUUCAAACAUUAAAGCGGAGACAGCAGCACUUAGAAAAGCCAUUUUAAGGGAUAGCGUUAAUUAGUAAAUAUCUGUGAAAGUUACAACAUGCCAGACGUGUAUCAAAACACAUUUGAGUUCACAAAUAAAUUUAGAGUUCACAAGUAAACAAAGAAAAAAAAAGUAAACUUGCUGCAUGACAAAAUCCUUGUAUUAAUUUCGGAAGAAACUGAAGAGACUCUGACACAUAAACCCACACAUUUUGCUCAGUUUCAAAAAGACACUUUUAUUUUAUAUGAUACAACUCCUUCUAGUCACUCAAAUGUGACAUCAACCAGCCUUCUCUCUGCAUUACACCUGCUACUUUUGGUUCUCUGUAGAGGUAUUCCUUUGUGUGUUUCAUGCAAAACUGAUUGAUCAGUCAUUCCAAUAAGAGCUCUGUAAAAUAAACCGAAGUCAAAAUCGGCCAUUGUCCUAUCUUUCUGGAUUGUUUUGUUUUCAAAGUGAAUGAUAGUGGUAGUUUGUUUUGUUGUUUUUGUGAAAAGAUUUCCAAGUAUCUUUUGGACGUGAGCUCUGAAAUGUGAGGCCUUUUGAUCUUUGGUGCAGCUGUAUGAUCUAACUGAACUGGAGUCGAAAGUCUUUAGGGACCCCUAGUGGCCACAAAUAGGAGAGCUCUUCUCCUUUUGCAACUCCUGUUUUUUUUUAAAACGCCAACAGUAAUUAAUAUCUUUGAUUCUUUAUUUGAAAGAGGAAUGGCAAGCCGAACCCUAUAGUAAGGACACAAAACAUCCUAAUUGCUGAGCUGCUGUUGUUUUUGGCACUUUUUAGGAAGAAGAAUCAUGCAAACAACCAGCUGGACAGAUGAGAGUUCUUGGCAUACCAGGGUCAUAGUUCAUCCUUCAAGUGGCUGUGUUAAAGUACGCCUUUUUUAUGGUAUGUACAGUAUAUGAUCCAUGAGGGCAAAAGUUAUAGAACCAGGGUCUUGACAUGACAAGAAUUGACUUAUAGUAUAACUUACAUUUUUUUAAUAUCAUUUCUUAUUUAAGGUUCACAAAAGAUAGGUGUAAUGUGGCAUUUCUCCAGUCAGUGACGACCUAGGAGAUUUUGCAUGCAACACUUUGGGUGAGUCUCUAUGGAUGCGUUUUUUUUGAACUCUUGAGGAGUUGCCCAAAGAGGGGAAAAAGAAAUCUGGGGUGACGUCAUACCCACAGAGAACCUCCAGAGGGCUCCCGUAUGCCUUCUUGUCCAGAUCAAAGGGAGGCCGGUCAAACAGAAUAUUGGAGCACACAGGGCGCCCCUCAACACUGUUGCAACAAAGAAAGUUCCUUACUUUUCAAUGAAAUUUGAGAAAAUAAAGUUCUUGCGAUGACCACGUCAAAUGUUCCGACUUUUCCGCGUUUGUUAACAUAAACAGCAAACUCAGGAGUCAGCAGGGAAAUUUAAAAAAAAAAAAAAAAAAGAAUAUAAAUGGGGUUGUCUCCAUUGCAGGG